GGUCAACCCGGUGAACAAACAACAACGACUGCAAUACCUAAUAUAAUAUUAUUUUGUAUGUAGUUAAUAGUUAUUGUCGUUUUGUUAUUUUGUACUUGUUUUUUUAUGUUAUUGUCGCAGCUGAUUAUUUGUCGCAGCGGCCAAUCCCGGUUUUAUUAUGUUGUAUGACUUGUAAUUUUUCAGUCGCAUUGCCUGAUCGUAUAACUAAUAAUAAUAUUAUUCGGAAACAUUAAAUAACAAAAAUUGUCAAUCUUUCAAUACUACGUGCACAUCCAGUUUUGUGUAAAAAAAAUGAACUCGUUAAUAACGGCUGGUUUGUUUUUGUUUUCGGCUGUGACUUUGUCGCAAACCUUAACAAUUUCUACCCAAAACCCGAGUAAAUCUCAAAAUGACCAACUUCUCAGAGUCGGACUGUAUAAAAUGGAAUCCGUACGCUCCCAAUUGAAAGGACGCAAAACACAGCUGUCGCAAUUAAACAGUCGCUACGGCGGUAUCGACAAAGAAUCCUUUGGUGCCGAACCGUUGUCCAACUAUCUUGAUGCCCAAUACUACGGACCAAUCGCAAUUGGCACUCCUCCCCAGCAGUUCAAUGUGGUAUUCGACACCGGCUCAUCCAAUUUGUGGGUUCCGUCCAAGCAUUGUAGUAUACUGAAUAUAGCUUGCUUGAUACAUAACAAAUAUGACGGAGAUAAAUCAUCCACUUACCAAAAAAACGGAACGAAAUUUGAAAUUCAUUAUGGGUCGGGUAGUCUUUCUGGAUAUAUGUCUACUGAUUUCCUCUUGAUGGAUGGCGCUCAAAUAAAAAGUCAAACUUUUGCAGAAGCGAUUCAAGAACCAGGAUUAGCUUUCGUAGCCGCCAAGUUUGAUGGUAUUUUAGGCCUUGGAUAUGAUACCAUUUCUGUUAAUGGUGCUGUUCCACCUUUUUAUAAUAUGGUCAAGAGUGGUUUGAUUAAAAAUCCUGUUUUUUCUUUCUACUUGUCCAGAGACCCAAGUAGCAACCCUGGUGGUGAAAUCAUUUUCGGCGGUUCUGAUCCGGAGAAAUAUUCUGGAGAUUUUACGUAUGUUGAUGUCACCAGACACGGAUACUGGCAAUUUGAACUCGACGGAAUAAGUGUUGCUAAUACAACAAUCGAUAGCGGAUCGCUAAAAGCCAUAGCUGAUACAGGCACUAGUCUUAUCGCUGGACCGGUUAACAAUAUCAAGCAGAUCAAUACCCUCAUCGGCGGUACCGCCAUCCCUGGCGGAGAAUACAUUGUUGCUUGCGAUCAAAUCGACAACUUGCCGAUUAUAACUUUCACAAUUGGGUCUAGUAAUUUUAGUUUAACGGGCAGAGACUACGUGCUCAAGGUAUCUCAAUUCGGAAAGACUAUAUGUUUGUCUGGAUUCAUGGGUAUCGAUAUACCUCCUCCAAAUGGUCCGUUAUGGAUAUUGGGCGAUGUUUUCAUAGGACGUUAUUACACCGAGUUUGAUUUAGGAAAUAACAGGAUCGGAUUCGCCACAUGUAAAUAAUCAUUUACGGAUCUGAAAUUUUUUACACCAAGGAACUGAAUUUUUACACUUCAAGUUUUAGUUUUGACAAUUAAAGAAAUCAACCAUAUUUUAAUUGUACGAUAGGUAAUAAUAUUUUAAAUAAAUAAUUUUACGUAGAAUUGUAAAUUCAUAACCACCAACAUGUAUGUUAAGUGAUAAGUGAUAAUUUAUAUUCUUGAAAAUAAUUAGAGGUGUUUUUACUAUUAAAUAUAUAAAUGAUUUUUUAAACAUUACAUGUUAAUUACUAUUAA